UCCCUUUCUCCUAUAUUCUCUUCAUUCAGGUGUCUUCUUUUGAUUUAUACCCAUUCCCCACCAUUCAAAUAAAUUAUUGGGAAAUCAAUCAUCUUUUGUCCUCCAUCUUUUUGUUUUCAUUUGAAUCGACUGUACUAAACUCAGAAUUGAACUGAAGCAAAGAUCAGUACGAUCAGUUUCAAAGACGAAAAGGAUUCAGCAAACAACCAGCGACUUUCCUUUCUCUUUAUCAAUCUUCGAUCCCGAGUUUGCGCUGAUUUAGGGAAAAAAGAAGCGGGAACAUGAGUGGAGCUGUGCUGGUGGCUGUUGCUGCCGCCGUCGGUAACUUAAUUCAAGGAUGGGAUAACGCCACUAUUGCCGGGGCUGUUUUAUACAUAAAGAAAGAGUUCAAUUUGCAAAACGAACCAACGAUCGAGGGUCUAAUUGUGGCUAUGUCGCUGAUCGGUGCGACUUUAGUCACGACUUGCUCCGGUGCAAUAUCAGAUUCGGUCGGCCGACGUCCGAUGCUGAUCAUCUCUUCUGUUCUUUAUUUUUUUGGUGGUCUUGUUAUGUUAUGGUCACCCAAUGUUUAUAUCCUUUUAUUGGGUAGACUAUUAGAUGGUUUUGGAAUCGGAUUAGCGGUUACUCUUGUUCCCGUUUACAUAUCGGAAACAUCACCGCCGGAAAUCAGAGGUUCACUCAACACUUUACCACAGUUCAUGGGCUCUGGUGGAAUGUUCCUUUCCUACUGUAUGGUUUUCGGGAUGUCGUUACAGGAGUCACCAAACUGGAGGUUGAUGCUCGGCGUUCUUUCAAUUCCAUCCUUCCUUUAUUUCAUUUUCACGAUUUUUUUCUUGCCGGAGUCUCCGAGAUGGCUGGUUAGCAAAGGAAGAAUGGUUGAAGCGAAGCAGGUUUUGCAGAGAUUACGUGGUAGAGAAGAUGUUGCAGGUGAGAUGGCUUUACUGGUUGAAGGACUUGAAGUUGGGGGAGAGACGACUAUUGAAGAGUACAUAAUAGGCCCUGCACAUAAUCAACCCAUCACAGAAGCUGAUAAAAUUAAGUUAUUUGGUCACGAUGAAGGAGUAUCUUUGAUUGCUCGACCUGUCACCGGAAAAAGUACGAUCGGAAUUGCUUCCCGUCAAGGAAGCGCCAGUAGCGCCGGUGCCCCUUUUGUCGAUCCUCUUGUCUCCCUCUUUAGCAGUGUCCAUGAGAAACUUCCGGAUGCUGUUGGAAGCAAAGGAAGCAUGCUUUUUCCUCACUUUGGGAGUAUGUUCAGUGUUACAGGAAAUCAAGAGAAACAUGAAGAUUGGGAUGAAGAGAGUGUUGGUGGUAGAGAAGGCGACGAUUAUCAAUCUGAUGUUCCUGGAAACGACGACAAUGAUGAUAAUUUACAAUCUCCGUUGAUUUCCCGUCAAGCUACAAGUAUGGAAAAAGACAUGAUUCAUCCUGCUUCAAGUAUUAUAAGUAUGAGAAACAACAGCGUUGUUCAUAUCGACGGAGAACAAGUGAAUAGCACUGACAUUGGCGGUGGUUGGCAGCUUGCCUGGAAGUGGCCGGAAAAAGAUGUUGAAGAUGGGAAGACGAAAGAAGGGUUCAGAAGAAUCUAUUUACACCAAGAGAAUGGUGUCGGAGCUCACCGUGGGUCACACAUUUCACUCGCAGGUGCCGAUAUGCCGGCGGACGGCGAGUCCUUUCAGGCCGCCGCCCUGGUGAGCCAGCCUGCACUAUACUCUAAAGACCUCAUGGACCAGAACCCGGUUGGACCGGCCAUGCUUCACCCGGCUGAAGCUGUAACCAAAGGCAUAAACUGGUCUGAUCUUUCUGAACCGGGAGUCAAGCAUGCAUUGUUUGUUGGAAUCGGUCUUCAAAUACUUCAACAGUUCUCUGGCAUCAGUGGAGUUCUUUACUACACGCCUCAGAUCCUUGAAGAAGCAGGGGUUGGUGUUCUUUUAUCAAAUUGGGGGAUUAGUUCAAUUUCUUCAUCUCUUCUCAUUAGCAACAUCUCAACUUUGUUGAUGCUCCCUUGUAUCGCUGUCGCCAUGAGACUCAUGGAUAUAUCUGGAAGAAGGAGUCUGCUGUUAACGACUAUUCCAGUAUUGAUUCUGAGUCUCAUAAUUUUGGUAAUUGGAGGUUUGAUAGACUUCGGGAGUGUUGCAAAUGCAGCGAUUUCAACUGCUGGUGUUGUGAUCUAUUUCUGUUGUUUCGUGAUGGGAUUUGGUCCAAUUCCCAAUAUAUUAUGUUCAGAGAUUUUUCCUACCAGAGUUCGUGGGAUCUGUAUAGCCAUCUGUGCCCUCACUUUCUGGAUCUGUGACAUCAUUGUGACAUAUUCUCUGCCAUUGUUGCUUACUUCUGUUGGUUUGCCUGGUGUUUUUUCGAUGUAUGCUGUUGUGUGCAUCAUAUCGUGGGUGUUUGUUUUCUUGAAAGUGCCGGAAACGAAGGGUAUGCCAUUGGAAGUGAUCACAGAGUUCUUCUCAGUUGGUGCAAAACACAAAAAUUGAAUCGGGGGGUUUGGUUUCAGAGUGUGUUUCUGUAAUUUAUUUCAUACGGUUUUGUUUUGGUUUAAAUUUUGUGAGAUUUUGGAAUCUUUUGUUUUAUUUUUUACAUAUAAUAUGGGGCUGAAUAUCUGGGUGUUUAGUGGCCACUUUAUCA